CUUUGAUAUAAUCUCCAUUCUAAUUAGUCAUUAAUGUCAUAACAGAAAAAGAUUGUGAUUGAUCUCCCUCUCCACACUGACCACUGUAGAUCAAAGGCUAUGCAGAUUGCUGUUAGAAGUGCAGGAGUAAUAUCAGUGAAUAUAGACAAGGAAAAAAGCCAUUUGGUGGUGACUGGAAUAGGGGUCGAUUUUUUCAAGUUGAUGAAAUGCAUAAGAAGGAAUUUCAAGUGUUCUCGCAUUGUGAGUAUUGAAGAUGUGAAACCCCCGGAACCCGACCAGAAAAAACCGGAACCCAACCAGAAAAAACCGGAUCCCGAUCCAAUUACUUGCCCUUGCCCUCCAAUAUGCCCUUGCCCUCCAAUAUGUCCUCCAAUAUGCCCUUGCCCUCCAUAUGUGUCGCAGUGCUAUCCAGUAUGCCAACCCGUUUAUGAUCCAUAUAAUCCAACUUGCUCCAUUAUGUGAUAUCUCUAAUAUGUCUAAUAGUUUCCUCAGUCAAAGAUAUGUUUAUUAAUUCUUCAUUUCAUGACGUGAAAUGGGUAAAAAGUUUAUCCCUAUUAAUUUGAAUUUGCACAACCUAAGGUCCAUUAAGGGGAAAGAGCAGGCUCCUUAUAAGGAUUUCUAUCAAAAUCAGGGCUCGAACCGACCGAAAUUUCUGAUUAAGGAUGGAGUCAGUCCCACCAUAACCUUUGAUGGAGUUUCACUGAUCUUUAUCAAGCUGUUUAGAGAGUUUGUUUGGUUCAUGCACUAGUUAUACUGGGAUUGUUUGUCCAGCCGAUAAUAAUUAAUGUGAGAAUUCAUAAUAUGUGAUGAACAAUAAUGCAGAGAUUGUUUACUCUUGUUUAA